UACUCAAAGAAGAAAAGAACUGUAACCAACGACUAAAAAAUAAUUGAUAUUAUAGAUAAGAUAAACCCUAAAUAGAGAAUCCCACACACUGAUCCCUCAGCAUGAAAGGAGAAAACGGAAUGACGAAAAAGAAUUCAUCGUUCAUCAUUAAUGGAUCAAUGGCAGUCAGGAAAAUGGGUUUUUGAUAACCAGACUUAUCCUCUUUACAAAGAGGAAGAGUGUACAUUCCUGUCAGAUCAAUUAGCUUGUGGCAAAUUUGGAAGAGAAGACUUGAGUUAUCAGUAUUGGCGAUGGCAACCUCACCACUGUGAUCUACCAAGGUUCAAUGCCUCAGCACUAUUGGAGAGAUUGAGGAAUAAAAGGCUUAUUUUUGUGGGGGAUUCUCUAAAUAGAGGGCAGUGGGUAUCGAUGGUGUGUCUACUCGAGAAGGCCAUUCCUACAGGGCUUAAAUCCAUGCACAACAAUGGCAGCUCCUUGAUCACUUUCAAGGCUAAGGCAUACAAUGCAAAAAUUGAAUUUUAUUGGGCUCCAUUGCUGGUGGAAUCCAAUUCCGAUGAUCCAAUCAGCCAUCGGUUACCUGAUCGGAUUGUGAGAGCUCUAGCCAUUGAAAAGCAUGCCAGGCAUUGGACAGACGCUGAUAUACUUGUCUUUAACACUUACCUUUGGUGGAGACGACCUAAA